CGCCAGAGCAGCUUCACUUCCACCACAUCCCACUCUCCCUCGCACGCAUAGUCCUUGUACAUUAUCGUCCGGCUGCGUCUCGCUCCCAUCAAAUUCGACAUCAGAUAUCCGGCAUCAUGGAUAAAUUAGUCGCCCAGUACUCGCGUCGCCCCCACCAGAAUGAGUUCUAUUCCGAGCAAGAGCAGCACGAUCUCACAGAGAGCCACCCUUCCAUCUCUCUGAAGUUCAACCUCCCUCCUGUCGACAACUCUUCGGCAUUCCUGCGUGCUAUGACCGAUGACCACUCGAAUCCCAACUGCCCCAUUAAGCUUGCCCACGGAACGACGACACUCGCAUUCCGAUUCCAGGGCGGAAUUAUUGUUGCAACAGAUUCGAGAGCGACUGCUGGAAACUGGAUCGCCAGUCAGACGGUGAAGAAGGUUAUUCCUGUUUCGCGGUUGAGUCGUGGUGAGGAUAAGCCUUCAGAGAACCCGGUCCCGGUUCCUGGUUUGUUGGGUACUAUGGCUGGUGGUGCUGCGGAUUGUCAAUACUGGUUGAGAUAUCUGAGUCAGCAGUGCACACUCCAUGAAAUCCGACACAAGCGCCGUAUCACGGUUGCUGCUGCUUCGAAGAUUCUCGCCAACUUGACAUACUCUUACAAGGGCAUGGGUCUGAGCAUGGGAACGAUGUUGGCAGGCAUGACACCCCAAGAAGGACCCGCCUUGUACUAUAUCGACUCGGACGGCACACGACUCCCCGGUAACUUGUUUUGUGUUGGAUCCGGUCAAACCUUCGCAUAUGGUGUGCUCGAUGCCGAAUACAAAUACGAGCUGACCGAAGAGGAGGCCCUUGAGCUUGGUCGCCGAAGCAUUCUCGCCGCCAUGCACAGAGAUGCCUACUCUGGUGGUUUCAUCAACUUGUACCACGUCAAGGAAGAGGGAUGGGUCCACCACGGCUUCAACGACAUGAACCCCAUUUUCUGGAAGACGAAGCUGGAGAAGGGCGAGUUCUCGAACGUUACGUCGGAGUUGUAAGGGGAUGGAAAUCUUAUGGUGGAUAUGAUGAUGCGUUUUUAAUUCUACAUUUUCAGGCAUGCAAGAUCCUCUUCCUCUAGCCUUCGUAGGAUACAGGUUCUAGUCAAGUAGACAUAUGACCAUUUAAUUAGAUGAAUGGAAAAUGCAAUGAAUCAAUGAUAUUUCGAUAAAUCUGAG